ACCUCCCCCUCGGGGUGUCAGUGACGUGCUCUUCAAGAGCGGGACCUGCCCUCCCGUCGCCAUUUUUUUCAGCCUCGUAGUCUCACCGCUAUUCUCGAGUAAGGGCGGCAGAGGAGGACAAACACAAGAAAGUAUUUUGGAGGGAAAUACUUCAAAGGAAGCGAGGAGCGGUGAGGUAGGUGCGCGGCGUAACGUGACAUGCACGCGCACGAGACCCGCCGCAGUUGCGCAACAAUCUUCUCUGGUGUGAAGACGACGUGUGGAGGAGGGCCGCCAUUUUUCUCCUUCGCCGCCUCGGAAGUCCGCUCCGACUCCAGAAGCGGGAUUCGAGGAGGCCUUUCCGCCACGCGCGCCUCACGGUAAAGAGCCGGAGAAGGUACUGCUAAAUCCUUUUCAAACGGCGACCUUGGGCGGACAUGAGGGAUUUUCAGAGCAAGUGAGGACAUCCACUCCUCUUCGUCGUCUUCUCAGAAACAGACGCAGGAGAUAACUUAAAAGAUCUUCUCGGAAGGAGGAAGCAAAAGGGGAAGCUUCACUGAGCAUUUGGUGGGCGUCCAUGUUUAUUUGUAUUGUCUUCCCGGACCCUGCUGACCACGCUAUGGUCCAAAGUUGCUGCAGUUUGUGAGUACGUCAAGUAGUUCAGUUGAGGGGCUCCACAACCUGCAAGGUGGGGGCCCUGCAACCUCGACCUCGCCCCUAAGUCUCCGAUCCAGGUUGUCCCUUUCCUCACCUGUAGGCGGACCGUUAACUUAUUUCUGAUCAGACAUGUCCACUGCUCGCUUCGACUCCUCUGAUCGCGCGGCCUGGUAUUUUGGAUCCGCGUCACGCCAAGAGGCACAGAAUAGGUUGCAAGGACAGAGACAUGGCAUGUUUCUUGUUCGAGACUCGUCCACCUGUCCCGGGGACUACGUGCUGUCAGUGUCCGAGAACUCCAAAGUGUCUCACUAUAUCAUUAACUCCUUGUCUAGUAAGAGGUUUAAGAUCGGAGACCAAGAGUUCGAACACCUCCCCGACCUUUUGGAGUUCUACAAAAUCCACUACCUGGACACGACCACGCUAAUAGAACCAGCUCCCAGGUACCCAAGCCCAGUGUGUGGUCCCAUCCAGCCCGUGGUUGGCCAAGAAGAGAACAUGGAGUAUGUUCGGACUCUUUAUGACUUCACCGGCAGCGACGCAGAGGACCUCCCCUUCAAAAAGGGCGAGAUUCUUAUUAUCUUGGAUAAACCGGAAGAGCAGUGGUGGAGCGCCAAGAGCAAAGACGGUCGCGUUGGAAUGAUCCCUGUGCCCUAUGUUGAGAAAUUGGUACGACCCUCGCCCCACCCAGGCCAGCCCACCAUCGGAUCCCGCAACUCCAACAGCUAUGGGAUUCCAGAGCCUUCGCACGCGCUCGUCCACGCCUACGCCCAGCCGCAGACCCCUUCGCCUCUUCCUCCCGGUACUCCCGGAGCCGUCAUCACCCCGCUCCCUUCGUUGCAGAACGGACCUGUCACAGCGAAGGCCAUCCAGAAACGAGUGCCCUGCGCCUAUGACAAAACAGCUCUUGCUUUAGAGGUGGGCGACAUAGUCAAGGUGACGCGCAUGAACAUCAGUGGUCAGUGGGAGGGUGAGGUGAACGGACGAAGGGGUCUCUUCCCAUUCACCCAUGUGAAAAUUAUAGACCCCCAGAACCCAGAUGAGAGUGACUAAAUGACAAAUGGAACCUUAUUGCCUAGACCCAGCUGUACGUGAGUCUCCCUCUCCUUCCCACAGUGUCACCAUGUGCUUUUCCCUGCUAUGGGCUGUACAAUGACAUUACCCCCGACCCCCAAAAACCCUUCCUAUCUUUUAGCCGCUGUUGCAAGAGGCUUUGACUGUUUACAUCUUUGGAUUGAACUAAACACCUGACUCCCCCUGACAAACAGUGUUCUUAGACCCGGGGUCCAUUAUCAUUUCCACCACUCUUUGUUUUUUCUUCAACACAUGUAUAUUUACCACAUGGCUAGACAAUUUUUGGGUGUGUAUGUUGCGUUUCCAAGUGAUUAAUUGUACAAAAGAACGGACUAUGGCAACGUGGAUCUCGCAAGCUAUUCUAAUAUCUGGGGAACACUUAACGUGUUUUUGUGUGAUGGACGAAUCAUUGUGUUGACUUUGUGUCACCUGAUCAACAAGGAUGUGUGCCGGAAGAGGCAUGUUUGCAUGGCUUUGAGCACAACAAUGCUGUACCUAAAGAGGAGCUUGUUGACAUCCAAGCACUACAACAGCACUCCCCACUACAAUAUAGCAUGUCACAUCAUGAGGACCCCCACCCCACAGGUGAGAAACGCCCCCAAAAAGUCUCAGUAAGCCAAUGAGAUCCCAGUAAAUGCCUUUAAGAAAGAAAUCUUUUGCCACAUUACAGCCUGGUGUAUACUCUCGCGUCACAUAACUUGCAUAAGCCAAGCCGUUUUGGCCCCUCCCUCUGCGUACCGUCCCGCAGCAUUUGCAUGAAAACGGAUAUUGUUUACUUUAUCUCAGUGCACCAUAAAAAUAAUUACUGCGAAAGUCAGAAAGUACGACAAUCGUUAAAUUUUAUUGCCAAAAAUCAAUAAUAGUGACCAUGCACAUUAACACAAGCAUGUCGUUAAAGUAGUUAACAGUUUUAUUUUCAAUUACAUGAUAGAACUCUCUUGGCUUGCAUCCUGAACAGCUGAAUGGCUCUGCUAAAAACCAGCAUCUUCUGCAUUGCAACUAGUUCACAAGUUGCACAGUCCAUCUUCCCAAAUGUAUUUUCCUCUGGUUUUUGAUUAUAACGUCCAUGAAAAGUAAACUGAUCAAUCUGAAUGACGUAUUCCAGUGUCAACAAAGAUGUCGAUGUUGCGGUUGUCAUCACUCUUUACAAGAAGGUAAAUAUCUAGUUGACAGCUCCGGUGGCUCCUUUUGGACACACUGCCUCUUAGUGUUUUGGAAGAGAAUUACACGUCUGGCGCCACCCCCAGGGAAGAACUUUGAAUCAAAACAAGACAACAGCUAUGUGACACGGGAGUAUAUUCCAGGCUCAAGUCUUCUCUUAAUGUUUUUAAAUGUGUACUCCUUGUCUAUUUAGGAUUUUUACCUAGCGUUAUUCUUUAUUCAUGCACAUGAUGGAAAUGUUGCCGUCAUUUCUAUUUUAAUCAUAUGGGUGCCUGCCUGACCCCCGCCCGACAUAUCUGCUGUAAGAAAAAAAAGACUUGCCUCUCUCUCACCUCUCAAAUUGUUUUUCCCUUCACUUGCUCCUUCUAGUAUUUGUUGGGAAGUGUUCCUGUGAAUGCUAUUGAACAAAAGGGAAACGGCCUGCUGGUUGCCUCUCAGGGCAAAGGAGACGCUUGUGGCCAAACGCUGCUUUAUGUCCUGUAUUUCCCGCUCCUUUAUGAUUUCAUGACUUGAUCAAACCCUCCUAAUUAAGCAAUACACCUGACGUUCAGCUGCCCUCUUGAAGUCACCUUCUCGUGCUUCUGAGUUGUUUAGUAAUGACAUUACCAGUAUUACUGUGUUACACUACCAGUAUUACUGUUACAUUACCAGUAUUACUGUGUUCCCAACUCUUAGAUAAGCCUGUAUUUGACUUCAGAAUAAAUAAAAAAAUUGUGCCUUUUUAUUUUCAUAUACCAUUGACACGUGUUAAUAUUUCCCAUGGUUAACACCUGUGCUGGUAUUGACCCUUUAUGUACAGAACAAGUAAAUAAAAUUUACAUCUACUACUUUGGA